AUGGCUUGCCUUGCCCUGACAACUUUCCUCACGUCCGCUCUCACCCUCUCCCACUUUACCACAGGCACAAGAGCCACAUCAGAACUGCCAGAUGACGAUGAGCUAUGCGGCCGCGGUCUCCCAACCACCCCCUUCAACCGCACUGUCCUGACCACCAUUGGACCCUACUCCUACGACCCAGCAGCCUGGAGCCCCUGGACACAUAGGCCCUACUGCCUCGAGGCUAACGAAGAGCCAUGGUGUGUCUACACCAAUGCUGCCUCUCCAAAAGGCCACGGCAUCAGCAUCAUCACUACCCCUGAGAUUGCCGGAACUACCUUGAACAUUCUCGAGCACCCCUUUGACCAGAAAUUCUUCGCCCCCGAGAAGAUCUACCUGCCAAGACCAUACAAGGUUGUUGACAUUCCUGGCAAAGGAAAGGGAGUGAUUUCCACGCAAAAGAUUGAGAAGGGGAAGGCUAUUCUGGUGGAUCAUGCGUCGCUUAUUGCAGCGGUCGAGUACCCUGCUGAUGUGAUGAGGGAGGAAGUGCAGGACUUGUUGGAGACGGCGGUGCACCGGUUGGGAGAGCCAGAAAAGGUGCUGGGACUGUCGAAGAAGGGGAGGGGUGACGAGGCAACCGAGAUUGAGGAUUUGUUGUUGACGAACAGCUUUACGGUGUUGAUUCAGGGGAAGGAGUUUAUGGCUUUGUUUGCGGAUCUGUCGGUGAGUUUGAUGGUUUUGGAAGGAUGGUGCCUCGAGAUGCUAACAUUGAACAGAGGUUUAACCACGAUUGCAAGCCAAAGUGAAUUCCACCGCCGGUCUUCUGUCCAAAGAAAGACAACAAGCCCUCGAAAAUAUCUGGGGUUUCAAAUGGUCAGCCCCCUCCUUUUCCCCUCCAUCCCCACAACUCAGCUGCUAACCUAUCCCAGCUCAUGCGCCCUCUGCACCUCGCCCCCCGAAGUUCUCAAAAAGUCUGAUGAUAACCGCGCCCAAAUCCGCUCCUACCAAGCCUCCAUCCCCCAACUCGCCCAAGAGGAAAAGUUUGAAGAAGCGCUCCAGCAAGCGGAGCACAUGUUCCAGCUCGUCGAGGAGGAGGGUCUCACCGACCAGAUGUCUGACAUGUAUGAGUAUCCAGCCAGGAUGUACUACCACGUUGGCAACCUGGACAAGGCGUUGGAGUAUACUCUUAAAGUGAAGAGGGAGAUUGAUGGGUUUGGGGUGCCGGGGAAGUUUGGGCAGGAGAAGCUGCAGGCGAUAGAGGGGAUCAUCAGGCGGUUGGAAAUGGAGAUCAAGAUCAAGAGGGAGAGAGAAGAGCAGUUUGGGAAGCAGGCGAAGUUGAGGGGGAAGGCGAGGAGGGUUGUGAUGGGGAUGCCUUGA